GACGUUGUCACAACAAACGCAGCAGUAGAAGUCGUUUUUGUCGUCCAGCGCUCUGUGAACGUUUGGGGAUUAUUUUUAUAUGCAAACAUGAUUCCCGAGGAAACGUUUGACUCCAGUGUCUUUGAGAACAGGAUGCAGUCGGUCGGCUUAGCUCUGGAGGAGCUGCUGCUGAUAGCUCAGAAACAACAAAGUCUGACUGUUGGCAUCUACGAGUCAGCCAAAGUUCUUGAUGUAGACCCAGAUAGCGUGGUCCUCUGCGUUCUGGCAGCUGAUGAUGAAGAUGAAGAUGAUGCAGCACUGCAGAUACACUUUACCCUGCUCCAGGCAUUCUGCUGGGACAAUGGUAUCACUAUCCUGCGCGUCUGGGGGAUUCAGCGUCUCCAGCAGCUACUGGGAGUUGUGGACACAAACAGGAACCAGGAGGAGCAGAGAGAUCUCCACUGCAUGCUGGUGACGAACCCCCAGGCAGAUCACUGCAGGCUACACGAAGUGGGAACCUACUGUGAGGAAAGCAGACGCCUCGAUCAGUGGGUGCCUGAACUGGUCCUGCAGGAACGAUGACUUUUCCAGCAUCGGAGCAUGCCAGCGAUCACAGGAGCUGCUGUGGGAUUCAGAUGCUAAUGAACUGCAGAUCCCAACCUGGGUGGGCUGUCCUGACUGGUGGGAACCAGCCUCGUUUCAGGCUCGAGAGUGGAUGCUGGUUUCUGUACCUCUUUGUACAAAAAAGGGAGAAAAAAAAUUAAAUCAGAAAAGCAGGAAGAGUAUUAAACCCUUACUCCUCAUACAGGAAACAGUAUUAUUAGAAUGUAAAACUCUAAUUUUGUGCCUCUGUCAUGUUAAGGGAGGAUGGAAUCUGUAUAAAUGUUCAGGAACUGUCUAAAACCUGGAUUGCCUAUGUGUUUCCAUGGGCUGAAGAGGAAUGCUGUAAUGGUGAAACUAUGCGGCUGGCAUUCCUGUGUAUUCAGAUGUGGGAGUAUUUAGCGAAAGAGGGUGUGUGUGUGUGCAUGCUGUACUUUCUUUAGAAAAGACAGGGCGUGCAGCUUGUGUUCUUGAAAUGAGCCGCUGAACCUGUGGUGGAAUCGUCUCCAUGGAAACUGAAAUGGAAAUGAUGUUAAAGUCACAUGAGCAAAAGAACUUAUUUUGGUCAGAAAAGAAUGCAAGAUGAGUAGUCAGCUGUGUGGGAAAUAGAUAUUUGCCUUAAGGAGGAAACACUAAUGCUGCCUUUUAGAUACAGUGCCGUUGGGCAAACUUUCAACAGUGAUAUUUAAGUAACUGAUGCGUGUUCCUGUACUGCAUGUACAAGUCUUUGUGUAAAUAUUUUUUUUGUUAUUUUUGAUACUUAAGUCAAUGAAGUAAUUAACAGAGUGCUGUAUCAGCUGAAGUAGUAUCUGUUUGUGCGUCAUGGAACCAGGAACUAUUGUUGAGUCACACAACUGUAGUUUGCAUUUGCAUUGCUGUAAUGGAAAAAGCACACAGACUAUUUGAACAGCUUCUUCAGCCACACUCCCCUAUCGUGACCGCACAGCAGUCACUGACACGCAGUUGGGAGGAGACAGAAACUCAUUGGUAUUGGAGCAAACAGGUGAAGAAACCUGAUGCAGACCUGUUACUUUUUGCACUAUCAAAUAAAUCAGUUGUUGUGAAACCUG